UGCCUACCCGUCGCUCUCUUCACUGCUAGCCCAUUUUAAGCAGCCACCCUACUACUGUGUGCUGAGAACUCGAGUCCAUUAGGGCUUGGGGAUCUUGCUGGAAACCAUGUCUUCCGGCAGGUACAUGGCCUACUCCCCUUCGCCUUCAGCCCCUCACUCGCCGCAUAUCUCCGGCAUUCGAUCUGCCACAAACGCCUUUGUCGAGCAGGAAAAGUAUCUUGCAGAGCUGCUGGCGGAACGACAGAAGCUUGGUCCUUUUAUGCAAGUACUCCCACAUAGCUAUAGGUUGUUGAAUCACGAAAUUUUGCGGUUAACUGCAGUGUUGGGAAAUGCAUCCCUUUUAGAACAUACUGGGGUUGAACAUGGUAGCCCGAUGACAAAUGGAGGAUUAUUUUCAAAUGGUGCAGCUGAUAUGAAUGGAUGGGCAUCAGCAAUUCAAUCAGAACACUCCCCGGCACAUAGUUGGCUUGGUUCUCAAGGAACUUCUGGUAUCGACAUCUAGAAAAGAAUUAGGGUGGAUAUUCCGGUGGACAAGUAUCCAACAUACAACUUUGUUGGGCGUCUACUUGGUCCUAGAGGAAAUUCUCUUAAAAGAUUAGAAGCUACAACUGACUGCCGUGUCCUGAUUAGAGGACGAGGUAGCAUCAAAGAUCCUACUCGGGAGGAGAUGAUGAGAGGAAAACCAGGGUAUGAACAUUUAAAUGAGCCCCUUCACAUACUAAUCGAAGCAGAGUUGCCAGUAGAAAUCAUCGAUGCUCGCCUGAUUCAAGCUCAUGAUAUUCUCACGGAGCUGAUCAAACCUGUCGAUGAAUCACAAGAUUUCAUAAAAAAGCAGCAGCUCAGAGAACUAGCAAUGCUUAAUGGCACUCUCCGUGAAGAAGGCUCGCACAUGUCUGGCUCUGUAUCCCCUUUCAAUAACAGCCUCGGCAUGAAGAGAGCAAAGACAAGGGGGUAAAGUUGGGCAUUUAUAUAUGGUGGCAGUCCAUGUUGUUGUCCUUCUACAUUUAAAAUCCGUUGGCAAUUGUCAUGUGUUGGGGGUUUGCCAUGCUGGCUUAUGCUCAGGCCUCAGAUGCCAUCGGAAGGCAUGGGUUCUGGCGCGUCGGUCUAAUUGAGUCUAAAAGUGUCUUGAUGGAUACUUGUCUCGCCAUGAUAUCUUCGGUUAGUUAUCCCUGAUUUAUCAUGGCAGCUUGGCCAUAUAUCUACAUAUAGGCCUUGCAAUAUAAUCCUCAAUAUGACAAUGUUUGUUUUAGUUUGGGGUUAUAUGGUAAAAAAAAAAAUAAAUUUGGUGAGGUUGUGUAUAAACUACUGGAAGAAGAUGAUGCGCCUUAGCAGGUUUUGGUAGAAGCAAACUUUUCUAAUUAAUCAAGUCUUAAUUUAUUA